UGCAGUGUUCCUCCCUGCACAAGACCAGGUUCAGCACAAUGGAAACUUUGAAUAAAGCAAACACAAGCUUUGCUCUCGACUUUUUUAAACAUGAGUGUCAGAAAGAUGGUGACAAGAAUAUUUUGUUCUCCCCUUUGAGUAUUUCAUCUGCCCUGGCUACUGUUUAUUUGGGAGCCAAAGGUAACACUGCAGAUCAGAUGGCAAAGGUACUUCACUUUAACAAAGUUGAAGAGGCCAGAAACAUCACCACAACCAUAAAAAUGCAAGUCUAUUCCAUAACACGAGAGCGUGUAUCAAAUGGACGUGCCUGUUUCCAGAAGACAGAAAUUGGCAAAUCGGACAAUAUCCAUACUGGGUUCAAAGCGCUCAACUUUGAAAUCAACCAACCCACUCAAAAUUACCUACUUAAAAGUGUUAACCAGUUAUUUGGAGAAAAAACGUUGCCUUUCAGUAAGGAUUACUUACAGUUAGCCAAGAAAUAUUACAAUGCGGAGCCAGAAUCAGUUGACUUUGUGGGAGCAGCAGAGGAAGUCAGAAAAGAGAUCAACUCCAGGGUGGAACACCAGACUGAAGGUAAAAUCCAAAAUCUGCUGCCUCCUGGAUCUGUAGAUUCGCUCACCAGAUUAGUUCUGACAAAUGCCCUCUACUUCAAAGGAAACUGGGCAACAAAGUUUGAAGCUGAAGCGACCAGGCAAAGGCCUUUCAGAAUAAACACGCAUACAACUAAACCAGUGCCAAUGAUGCAUCUCAGUGAUAAAUUUAACUGGACCUACAUAGAAUCAGUCCAGACUGACGUUCUUGAGCUUCCAUAUGUCAAUAAUGACCUCAGCAUGUUUAUCCUGCUACCAAGUGACAUCACCGGCCUACAAAAGCUAGAAAGAGAACUGACUUUGGAAAACCUGACUGCAUGGACCAGCCCUGAAUUAAUGGAGAAAAUGAAAACAGAAGUUUAUCUGCCCAGGUUCACAUUAGAAGAGAAAUAUGAUCUCAAAACUACUUUGAGCAAGAUGGGUAUACAAGAUGCCUUCAUUGAAGGUCAAGCUGAUUUCACAGGAAUGUCACAGAAUGGCGAUUUGUUUUUGUCACAAGUCUUUCACAAGUGUUAUCUGGAAGUCAAUGAAGAAGGCACAGAGGCUGCAGCUGCCAGUUCAGCAACACUGGCAUCCCGAAGUCUUGGUGCUGCAGUUAUUUUUGUGGCAGAUCACCCUUUCCUCUUCUUUAUCAGGCACAACAAGACCAAGAGCAUCCUCUUCUUGGGAAGGUUCUCUUCCCCCUAGAAGCUUGACUAUUACUAAAUAGGCUCUUGCAACAACAAUAAUGAACAAGAUGCACAUAAUUAAGAGCAUCUCAACGGUCUGUGCACUUCUUAAUUUUCCUGUACUGUUGACAAAUCUCUCAAUGUUAGGAGAGAGCACAUAUUAAAAAUAACUUGGAAUUCUUGCCUCUGGGUCAU